AAGCUUUCAUUCACUACGGAUUUGUCUAGUUAACCUGACCUCUAUUCUGUUUCGAUUCCAACAUAAAUCUUUUAGUUUUCGCCUGAAAGCCUUUUUGCAUAGAUAGCGUGUGUUUUUUUUUGUUUUGUUAACGUCCAGUCUCACGAUUCUUGGACGAGCUUUUCCUGGGUGAACUUUUAAGUUGUUGGUUUUUUUUUUGCACAACCUACCUGAGUUGUGUGUCUCUUCUCUGCACGCCUCCUCUGCUCUCCACCAUGGAUUUGGUUUGGAUUGUGGGCUUCGUGGUGAGCGUCUGCGCUCGGUUCGCUUCAGCGGAGCGGCACAGCGUCUACUGGAACAGCACGAAUCCAAAGUUUCUAUGGGAUGACUACACCGUGGAGGUAAAGCUCAACGACUACCUGGACAUCGUCUGCCCCCAUUACCCUCAGGGCGAGGUGCCGCAGCUGGACGCCGAGCGCUACGUGCUCUACAUGGUGGAGCGAGAGGACUUUGAAACUUGCAAGCCCCAGUCGUACGACCAAAUGCGCUGGGAGUGCGGCCAUCCGUUUGCUCCUCACGUGGCGGAGAAGUUCUCAGAAAAGUUUCAGCGGUUUACUCCGUUCACUCUGGGGAAGGAGUUCCGCCAAGGAGAAAGCUACUAUUAUAUCUCUAAACCUUUGCACCACCAUGGUCAGGAGUGCCUCAGGCUCAGGGUGGAUGUCGUAGCUGCUGAUGGCUCUCAGGAGGCCAGAGUGGCUAAAGGAGGCACAGGUGGGGCUGGAGCUGGAGCUGGGGGUGGAGUUCACAACCCGUCCAACAGACUGCCUGCAGCAGAUGACCCGGUAGUGAUCCUGCCGGACGUCCAGAAGAGUGUACGGACGAACUCUGCAGUGGCGGCUACGUCCCUCUCGAUCCUUUCUCUGCUGGUCCCUUUUUCAUUACUACUGUUGUUGCACUGAGAGGACGAGAAAGGACUGCUGUUGGCAGACGUUCUUACAUUUUCAGGGACUACACAAUGAAGACAGUCCGUGGGGAUGAAACCACUGACUCAAAAAGACAGUUUUCGGUGCCCAGUGCUGGCCACAGGGAGAGACUUUUGAAGCUUGUAAAGUACAGCUGGACUCUCUUGCACUACACGUGCGAAGCAACUCCUGAGCAUUUGAGACAAAGUGUGUGUGCUUUGUCAUAUUUUUCUAAAGGUGAUGGUAGUUUUUUUGCCUGGAAAGACCAAUUUAACUUAGUGCUCUCUCCAAAAGACAUGAACCUGUUUGGAUGAUAAGGUUUGAAAAAAACCAUGAAGACGUCAAGGAAGAACCCAAAAUGGCUGAAGAACAAUCAAAAGGAACUCUGUAUGACUUAUAUAGAUAUAGAGAGUAAUUGGGAAAGUUUUCACGUACCCUUUGAGCCAAAGAUCAGUCAUCUCUCCAACUUGUACACUAUUCCACCCUCGACUAUUGUGUACUAUUUGUUGUAUUGUUCUUGUAAUGGUAAUGAGUGGCAUUGACGUCCCAAGUGAUUAGUUUCUCUAAAUGUAGCAUUGACAGACACACGGGGCAGUUCUCAUCACAACCAUUCCUUUGCAAACUCGACCAUGUGCUUCUAUACUGUAGCACUAAACCUGCACAGUACAGACACACCAUCACACACACUGACGUCAGAUGACAUAAAAAAAACACACCACAUUGAACUGUGUUAUGUGUACAUUCUGUGAAGGUAAUUUAUGACAUUUGCAGCUGAGAAGUUUUACUGUAUAUUCCAUAAAAGAGAUGUUUACUGUUGGUAACAGGGAGAGCUUUUUGUUCCUCUCUCUCCUGGUAGAGUUAGUACUUGUGUGAAAGGAGAGAAUGUGUGAAAGCAAGGACGUGAUUGAUUGAAAGAGUGAUGAGACAAAAUGUUUUUUCUGCCAAAAAAGCAAACACUGAGAUGUUGUGUGUUCCUGCAGGGAGGCUGGCCUCCUCUGUUUGUUGGAUCGUGCCCCUGUACUGGUUAGACUGUCUGAUAUCAAAUCUUUACUUCCACAGGACCCGGCCCUGUGUUUCAUGGUGCUCUCCCUUUGUGUUUUCACUCUCAAUUCGAGAAUAUUCUCUUCAAAACAUCACCUUUAGUAAUCAGCUACGUAGACUUUCACAAUAAUUUUCACUCUUUUUGAACAAAGUGUUUGAGCAGUUUCUCACACAGACAGGACACAGCAUCAAACCCAGUUGCCAAGCACAUCUUCACCCGACAGGCUGGCUCGAUCGACAGACCACAACAGUGUAUGACUACCGUUGAAGUCAGACUUUUUUUAAUCUGAAUUCUUGUUACCUAAUUUUGUACAUGUGUAAGUAAGAGAAGUGUAUAAUAUGUAUAUGUAUAUAUAUAUACAUAAGAUUAUAUAAUAGACCUUGUUUGAUAAAUAUGCUUAAUGUGAAAAUUUCAUGUGAAAUAAAAAAUGAUAUUUUUUGGAAAACCAGAA